UGUGUUGUGCGACGUUGUCCAGCAGGGGGCGCACUGUACGGGGUUUUCACAGGCUGUCAUUGAGGCGAUAACAACAGACGCAAGACACGCACUUGACGUAAAGAUGGCGGCUGCUAGAGGUGUCAAGAAAUUAUACGGGAUUGGGUUUCACGCAAUCCGUCAAAAUACUACAUUAAAAGCAACUGCGUUUCUCCAGCAAAGAGCGUUCCACGUAAAUGGAGCUCUUCGCCAGGAGCCGUUUGAUUCUUCAGCAGAGAAGCCACAGUUUCCGGGGGCCUCGGCGGAGUUUAUUGAUCACCUGGAAUUUAUCCAGCCCAAUGUGAUCUCAGGAAUCCCUGUGUAUAGGGUGAUGGACAGACAGGGCCAGAUCAUCAAUCCGUCUGAAGAUCCUAAGCUUUCAAAAGAGACAGUUUUGAAUUUCUAUCAGAAGAUGACAUUACUCAACACAAUGGAUCGUAUUCUUUAUGAGUCUCAGAGGCAGGGCCGUAUCUCUUUCUACAUGACCAAUUAUGGUGAGGAGGGCACACACAUUGGAAGCGCUGCGGCUCUUGAACCUACUGAUUUGGUCUUCGGGCAAUACAGAGAAGCUGGUGUAUUGAUGUACAGAGGCUUCCCUCUGGAUCUGUUUAUGGCACAGUGCUAUGCCAACGCUGAUGACCUUGGCAAGGGCAGACAAAUGCCAGUUCACUACGGCAGCAAAGACCUCAAUUUUGUAACCAUCUCCUCACCACUUGCCACUCAGAUCCCCCAAGCGGCUGGGGCGGCGUACGCAGUGAAGAGGGAGAACGCAAACCGUGUGGUGAUCUGUUACUUUGGAGAGGGGGCCGCCAGUGAGGGAGACGCACAUGCUGGAUUUAAUUUUUCCGCCACACUUGAGUGUCCUCUCAUAUUCUUCUGCCGCAACAAUGGUUAUGCUAUUUCCACACCGACCAAUGAGCAGUACAGAGGAGAUGGUAUUGCUGCUCGAGGUCCAGGAUAUGGACUGAUGUCGAUACGUGUAGAUGGAAACGAUGUUUUUGCAGUGUACAAUGCCACGAAGGAGGCACGACGUAGAGCGGUGGCUGAAAACCAGCCCUUCCUCAUUGAAGCCAUGACCUACAGGAUCGGUCAUCACAGCACCAGUGACGACAGCUCUGCGUACCGCUCAGUCGACGAAGUGAACUACUGGGACAAGCAGGACCACCCCAUCUCUCGCCUGCGACACUACAUGACCGCCCGAGACUGGUGGGGCGAGGACGAGGAGAAGGCCUGGAGGAAGCAGUCCCGAAAACUCGUCAUGGAGGCCUUCGAAAAAGCCGAGAGACGUCUGAAACCCAAUCCCGAGCUGCUGUUCACUGACGUCUACGAUGAGAUGAUUCCUCUUAUAGCCAAGCAGAGAGAUGCCAUGUGGCGGCAUGUCCAGCAGUAUAAAGAGCAUUACCCACUUGAUCUCUAUGAGAAAUAAUCUAUGAGCCAUGAGUGGACACAACUGGGAAACAUCUUGAACGUGUCAGUUUGUUUGAAUGUUUUUUUUUUUUCUUUCUAUGCUUUUGUUGCAUUAAAAAGCACAAAUAGUGAAAGAUGUAUUGUUAUUCUCAAUAUUUGCCACUAGAGGCCUCUGCACUGUCAUUUUGUGCCUUGGAAAAUGAUGUAAAAGGAAUGUUAGAAAUCAGUUGUACUGGCCUAAUGUAGCACAUGUUCUAACAGCCCAUAAAUACAGUAUCAGUACAUUGGCAUAAUGUUAUCAAUCCAGUCACUAGGGUUUCUUCAUUUAAAGCAUGAAAAUAUUGAGUGAUUCCCAUGAUUUUUCUUAUCUCUAUGAAGAACAUCAAGUGUUCUUCAUUCAGUAUCUUUAGAAUAUGGGUGUUCAAAUCACUGUAAAUGUUCAGCAUUGAUUUCUUAUUUCUCCACAAACAACACUAAUAUUUAUUGAUGGUGAUGUUAGUGUGACACAUGCUUUGUGAAACGGUCAUUUGUGUGUAUUAUUACCCUCAGACUUUCCACUCCAAUCUGAGCUAUUAAUAAGUAAAUAUACAACAUACUGUUACUGUAAUGAUGUGGUUUGUUUUCUGUUUUUUAAUAAUGAACUGAACAAACUUACUGUGUGAGACUGACUCAACUGUUACAUGACAUGAUUGUUGUGUUUGAGAUUUAUUCUGAUUAGCUUUAGAGGUUUGUAAAUUGUGUUUUAAACAAUAAAAAUGCUCACAAUAUGUAAUCACUGAUAUAGUGAAGUACUUACUGAAUGUAUUCUAUAUAAAAAUUGCUUACUGUACGUAGCCUAUAAGAAAAUGUUGUAUAGUCUUGAAGCCUGUUUUAUGGAGAGCACGGUGGAUUUAAGUACGUAAUAACUGCUGGUGAUUGAAGCGUUAUGCAGUCUAAUAAUAUUCAGUGUGUUGUGAAGAGUUCAUUAUGAAUGAGGGCUGAACAAACUGGUAACUUUAGUGCAGAGGAAUGAUUGGAGUGCAUAGUAAUCUGGAGGUCAGUGAAAAAGGGAUUUUUUUUUCUGAAGACUUCUUACUCUUUGUAAGAAUUA